AUGAAAAAAUUCAUUGCAAUUCUAUUAAUAGCUUGCUUUGCUUUUACUUAAGUCCAGGCUCAUUCCGAAAUACAUAAAUGUGCCCAUGAAAGAAUGAAUGAAAAGUUAGACAAAGAAAUAGUUGAUUUAAUUGUUGAUGAAAAUGAGAGACAUCUCUAAAAUGCUAGACCUAGAAACAUCAAGAUUACCUAUGAUAUGGCUUAUUUCAACACUUUACCUAACACUCCUGAAAUGUAAAUCUUCAGAAGAAGCUGUGAAAAGGCUAUAAAUAUAGCUUCUAAUUUCUUUAGCAAUCUCAUCACUAUCAUUCCUAAACCUAAAGGUUCUAUGAAGUGGGAUCUAAGACGUAAUAAUUGUGGAUAAGCUAUUAUCCCUACUGCUGACAAGACUACAGAUAAGGAUAGUGAUCUCCAUUUGUAUAUUACUUUCACUAAUGAACCUUAAGAAACCUAUAUUGCUUAUGCUGGGUGGUGCAGAUUUCUCAGAGUAAUAGGUCCCACUCACGGUCAAGUUAACUUCAACUUGGGUAUCCUAAAUUCCUAUAACUUUGCCAACUCUUUCUAAUUCUAAGAUUUAGUUGGAACUGUUAUCCAUGAAAUAACUCACGUUCUCGGAUUUUCUAUAUAUGAUAUUCCAAGAUGGGUUGAUUCUAAUAAGAAGCCUCAUUUCAAUCCUACAACUUAAUAUCUAAUGAGAGGGAUGAAAACAACUUUCUUAAAAACACCUCAUGUUCUUGAAUUUGCUAAAAAAUACUAUGGAUGCGACACUAUCCCUGGUAUGCCUCUUGAAAACUAAGGUGGUGAUGGUUCAGCUGGUUAUCACUGGGAAACUACUAUUAUUCAAGAUGAAAUAAUGAAUGCUUCCAGUUCCCUAACCAUUCCUAUUUUCACUGGUUUUACAGCCGCUUUGUUAAGAGAUACUGGUUUUUAUGUUUCGGUCAACUCAAAUAUGGAAGAAAAAUCAUUUUAUGGAAAAAAUGCUGGUUGCUCUUUCAUUUAUGGCUAAUGUGAUGACAGUAAUAGGGAAUUCUGUACUGUCGGAUCUUUCGAAAAAAAAUGUGACUACUAUUAUCAUGGUACUGGAUAAUGUAAUUUCUCUUAAUUCUUAGACAAUUAAUGCAACACUUAUCGAACAUUUAGUAACGCUAAAUGUUAUGAUUAAUCAAACAACUUUUAGAAUAAUCCAAAUUAUAAACGUAUUUUUGGAGUUUCUUUUGGAUUAAACUCUAAGUGCUUUAACAGCUCACUUAUUGAUGAAAGAUAUAGACCUAUCAACGAAUAAGGUUUAUGCUAUACCUAUACUUGUACUUCUGCCAACUAGGUAAUUGUUAGUGUUGGAGGAACUAAAGUUACCUGCUCUAAGAAUGGCCAAUAAUUGAAGGUUCCAGGUUACAUUGGUUACCUUACUUGCCCUGAAAAACUAGAUGAAUUCUGUGCUUACAAGAAACUAUGUCCAAACAAUUGUAAUUCAAAUGGUUAUUGCAACAAUGGAACUUGUAUUUGCAUGAAAGGCUUCAGAGGAGUUGAGUGCGAAUAAGUUGCUUGA